AUUACAUCUGGUCUAUUUAGUGAAACGAUUGUUCCACUUGUUCAUGAAUUACCACAAGUAUUGUUCUUUUAUAUUUUUUGUGAAAUAGAGAAAAAUAUGAAGAGUGGAGUAGAAAUUAUAUUAAAAUCCAUGGUAUAUUCAUUGAUAAAGAAGCACUUUAUAUAUGUCUGACAAAUGACGUACUAUCCUAUUCCAAACAAAGGUCGAGUCUAAUAUCAAUUUUUAAUAAUAAAAAAUCUAUGCAUGAUUUAAAUGGUACAUUUUUUGGUUUCAGUUGUUAACUAGAACAUUACUGAAUAUGUCUCAAACAGGCAAUGCAAAACAAGAUGUAAUCAACAUAGAUGAUUUCGAUAAGAACUAUGAUUCGAAAGAAGCCAUUCUCUGGUAUACACGUGAUUCAUUUCUAUGUAAAUUAUUAAAUAAAGCAUUCAGAACAGAAAAUAUUGAUAUUAUAUUUAAAUUUCGUUUUUUUAUUAUUGAUCUUCAUUAUCAAUUAAGUCGUUUACACGCCGAAUUUGUUGAGCUAUUACAAGAGAAUUUUGAUUAUUUUACUGUUUUUCGUGCACAACAAGUCCCAUUGGACGAAUUAUAA